CUCUGUACCUAGUGCUUUAGUCAAUGGGUCGUCUCUUAACGCUGAUUGGAUGGUUUCAGUUCAUUCCGAAGCACAAGGAAACAGGAAGUCUUCCACACAUGCAAAGCACACUGUGUUACUGAAAGGAGGAUCCAUGGAGUCCAGACUUCAUGUGAAAAGCUCUCAAAUGAAGAACCCAAGUCAGUGCAAGUUGACUAGAGUCACAUUGCUGAGUCCCCUGGGAAAGAUUCAAGCUGCUGGAUGUGGAAAUGGUGUGCACUACAUCCAACUCCAAGAGGAUGCUGUACCUGCUGAAAGGAAUGAAAUGGCAUCCUUUGCUUGUGUAGUUUGUGAAGGCCAGGAGGGGAUGACAGCCCAAUUGCAACUGUGUACAGAGUGGCUCCAAGCCUAUUUUUGCAACCCUAGAACAAUAGAGAAGCUUCCACUGCCUGCCUUGCAUCAUCCCAUUUUUCAAGAAGUACACUGCAGAAUAAAGCGAUCUGGGAUUUGGAGCUUGGGGCCAGAGGGGAACCUGCAUGCUCCUACAUUCACCAGCCGAGUGUUACAGACCCUGCUGAGGGAUGUGAAAUUUGGAGAAACAGUGUCUUACAAGCACUUAGCAGAAAUGGCAGGCAAUUCCAAAGCAGUGCGAGCAGUGGGAGGGGCAAUGAGGAGGAACCCAAUUCCUCUUCUUGUUCCUUGCCAUCGAGUGAUCUCUUGUAAUGGAGAAAUCGGCAACUAUAUGGGAGGAAAAGGAAAUCAUCUGAAACAAUGGCUACUGACACAUGAGAAACUCUGAGAAACAAGCUGUGCAACGUGUUGGUGCCAUGACCACCCCUCCCCCCACACUUCACAAACACCAACUCUUGCCUUUGUAGACGCAACUCUCCUCAACAUAUUACAAAACAUACAAGAAAUAUAACAACCUUCCGAACAUGCUUCAGCUAUGGGGAAACCUGUAAAUAUUUGAGUGACAUGAAAACAUAAUACAGCAUCAGAAGUGAAAUAUGUGGUGGCACCACUAUAAUAAAAAAGCUCAAUAUAUCCUGAGGGACAGCACUUAUAUGCCCUUUCUUGUUUUUACAUUUUACAGCAGAAUGAAUACAGCAGACUGUGCCUGUUGUGUGUAUUUUGUUCCUGUCUCCAGCCCCGUUUUGUUCUAUUUUUAAUGCCCAUGAAAGCAAGGAAUAAAGGGGGGGUCAUUGGGGUGGGGGGUGGGAGGGGCAUGGGAAUAUUAGACAGAGCUACCCCUUUAAGGAAGCAUCUGGUUUGUGGGGAGGACAGACUGCAGUCUGGAGCUUUGCACGUUACUGGGAGCAAAAUGAAAUUGGAAAGCUUCACCAGCCUCAACGCCCGCCCACUGCCCCCCUUCCACCCCCCUUCCAUACUUUAAUUCCUUCCUUGCUUUUUAUUUGCCCAGAUUGUAAAACUGUACUCUGGCCAAAAACUGUGCCCAAGGUUCCACUUUUUUUCUUUGAAGUUAUAACUAGUGAAAUGAUGUUUUACAUAAACAUGUGUUAAUGGAACUUCUUACCAAUUCAGCUGUUGGAAAUGACAUGGACCGACCUUUUUCCCCCUCAUACUUCAGAGUGCUAAAGAAUAACAUGUCUACAGAAUUUUGUAAAAAUAUCGUAAAGAAUCUGCUUGGUUUUCAAUUGUACGCAUGGUGACUCUGCACCUAAGCUUGGGAAUUAUUCUAAUUUUUGUUUAUGUAAGUUCAUUUCAGAAGUGGUUCAUUUGUUUUGUUUCUUUAAGACCACAGAGCAGUAUAUAAUGUUACCACAUAAUUUGUGGAGACAUCUGUGUACUUCACAUAAUAAACAGUCUUACUUAGAGAACACUAAAAUCAAAAGCAGCUGUAGAGAAAUUAAAAUUUGUCCUUAAACUGUAUUAAAAUGGAUACUUGCAUAUAAAUAAUAUGUAUGAAAACAUCAAAUGUAUCAGAAGUGUAUGUGGGGGUAUAGCUUUCGACUGAGCCUUAGUUUUCAGGAGUGCUUUUUUAAACAAGUGCACUUGUUUGAUGUUAGAGAGAAAAUAUGUUCACUUUUGCCAGCCAAGUUCUUCAUUUUUUAUUUUAUUUCAAUAGACUUUCUGUGUAAAAUUUAAUCUAUGGUACACAUAGUAUAUAAGAUGUGAUUUGCAGGAAUACCUCAAGCCUUUAUAGUUGAGGAAUGUACACUUUUUUGUUUUCCUGGCUUACUGUACUCACCAUUGACAUUUUGUUAGUUUAGUUCUUUAGGCAUGAAGACAGUUGUAUUAAUAAAAAAAUACAUAUGUGCAAACUGUUAUAAGAGGUGAAUUCAGUGUUCUUUCAGAGUGUUUGGAAGGUCUGUUCAGUUACUUGCUUUGAUGUUAAUAGGAAUUAUAUACUGUAUAACUUUAAAAUAAAAUGAAACAUUUACACCAUUCCUUGUAAAGUAUUACUCUUUGAUUCAAUGUUAGAAGAAUAAAUAGUCAACAUAAAGAGGCUUAAACAAAAUUUCAUUCAAAUGUUACAUGUUACUUAUGAACGCCUUUAGGAAUUUGAUGCACUAUCUGCCACAUCUACCUAAGUGUGUCAGUUCAGUUUUUUUGUGUACUGUGUGUUUUCCAACAGAGGGCAGUGCAGUUUAGUGAAAUUUCAUGCACACAUUUUGUAGUAAAUAUUAAACAAAAAUGUGUAAUGUUUUCUGAUAAUUAUACAGAAUGCAUGAGGUGCUGGAAUUCAUCCUUGUGUGUGCAGUGGAUGCGGUGUGUUUAAAGGGAGCUGUCUUUGGACAUACUCCCUGGUAAUCUGCAGACCCAAUUCCUUGAAACCUUGUGAAUAUAUUUAUACAUACUGUAUAUAGAAUAAGUUACUGCAGCCAGACAGGUAGAUGAAGAAUGGCCCUUCUUCACCCACUGAUUUCUGAGAUUGCUAAUGAUGCCCAGGCUGCAGACUGGAGUGAGCACUAAUGAAGGGUGCUGUGACACUAGAACCUCUAGGGGUUCUAUUUAAAAAGAGAGGCGAAUCCACAUUGCCUCUUAGGUGCACUGCUAGCAUCCCCUUUCCCACUUAUAAAGCUGAUUUCACUGUUUGAGUCUUUGCUUUUGUAUUCUGCCACUAUUUGGGAAGUGUGACCCCCAGUGAAAAAAUAGUUAUGUUAUUGUGAUGCAAGGUGAAGAGAUUAUAGAUUUUUUUUUUAAAGGAGCAUCAUCUUUAUUUAAUCUGAAGCCGUUACUUGGUUAAUUUUUUUUUCUUUUUGCAUAAAAUGUUUUUACUAGAAUAUGUAAA